UGUUCAGAUACUUUAUCUUUUUCUUGCAUCUACCGUAACUGUAAACUUCAAUGGUUGAAAUAUCUAAAGAUUCGAAGCCCCAUUAAACGCCAAAAUCUCGCCUCAUCUCAUCUCACCUCUUUCAACCUGCUCCUUCUCUUCCCUUCAUCAAACCCUAUUCCCCCAAUUCCCUCGGCAUUUUCCUCAAUCUGUUUCACGUUUUUCAACAGAUUGAUUCGUGGGUUGCGGCCAUUUCGCAGCACGCGAAAUCCCUCUAAGGAUCUCUGUUUUGGGUCGAGAGGAUUUUGAUUCUGAUUUCUGAUUUCUGGGGAUUUCGUUCUAGGGUUUUUGACCCGAGAAAUUUUUGGGGGUUUAAGGAGGAGGAGGCUAUGUCGGCUGGAGUAUGUGGAAAGCGGGUGGGGUUUGAGGAGAUCUUCGGAUCUUCUUCUCCGACGGCCUGUUCUUCGGCAAAGAGGUCCCGGUGGUCCAGUUUCGGAUCCCCGACCCGAUCGGAGUUCGGGUCCGGACCUGAGGAUUCUGCUUCGGUUCUGCUUCAAAUGUUUCCGGGAGUCGGUGCCGAGCGGGUCAAAACUGUUCUUAUGAAUCACAACAAGAUUGAAGAUGCAAUUGAUGUUCUACAGGUGCCUUCCUUUGACGACUUUAAUGCUCGUGUCGAUUCUGCAACAAUCGGAAAUUGUUCUACAGUUCCUGAUGAGAGAGCAGCUACAUGCAGUCAAAUGUCACACGAGAAGGUUGAAAAAGAUAAAGACGUUAGUUCAGCCGUUGCUGAAGGAAAUGCAAUGCAUGGGUCCAAGUGGGUGGAUAUGUUUGUGCAAGAGAUGACGAAUGCAAUAGAUCUUGACGAUGCUAGAACUCGAGCUGGAAGGAUUUUAGAAGCUUUCGAACAUAACGUAACUGCGUUUUCAAGAGAAUCAGAGGAGUUAAAACAUGCUUCUUUGAAGGAGCAUUUGCAAAACUUGGUAAACGACAACCAAAUUUUAAAGAGAGCUGUAGCCAUUCAGCACGAGCGCAAUCUCGAGCAAGAAGAGAAGACAAAAGAAGUUCAUCAGUUAAAGCACGUCUUAUGCCAGUAUCAAGAACAAAUUCAAAGUUUAGAGGUAAGAAACUACACUUUAAAUCUCCAUCUGCAGAGGGCACAAUCUGUUUCAGGACACUUCCACCAAGACAUAUUUUAAGGUUGUCUUUUUGUUUCAUUAAUUUUCUCUAUACGAUAACUUAUUUUCUUUCUUUGACCAACAUUUGAGUUGAAGUUGAUGCCAAUAUAUUAUAAAGUUAUUUUGGUGGUUGUGAUAUUCAAGCCAAAGCCAUUUUGGCAGUUUGUUGUAAUGAAAAGUUCAAGUGCUAUGUAUUAUUGUCUUCGACUUAAUAUUUUAAUGUCACUCCUAAUUUAUGUAUUCAUAUUUGAUA